AUGGCUCCUCGGUCUACACAUGUCUCCGCGUGGGUCCGAACUGCCAUAAAGAACACCAUUAGUGGACGACUCUGUGGUUUAAAUUGGAGACGUAACCUCCUUACCUGCCGCGGGACGCGGACAAAUGCGGAAGUGAAUGCCGGGGGGCGGGCCUUCGUGAGAGACCUGAAGCAGCAGCUCCGUCCUCAGAGGGGAAACAGCAUGGCACAACUCCAGAGAUUUAAUGACUUAAUUUACAACAAUGCUGUCAUUGAUGAGGGGCCUCCUACACGCUAUCAGCUUAGACUAGAUGUGAGGAACCUGGAUGGAAAGGGGGAUGAUUCAAGGCUCAGAAUAUGCACACUUGGUAAAAAAGAUCCAAACAAGACAAAUAGAACCAUCCUGCUUGUUGGAGAGACCGGCUCAGGAAAAUCUGCCCUCGUCAACAGUCUUCUAAACUUCGCAAUGGGGGUGAAACAGGAAGACAAAAUAUGGUUUGAGAUAGUAGAUGAUGUAAAAACAAGUCAAUCCCAAAGUCAGACAAUAAAGGUGUCAGUGUACCAGAUCUUUGGCUUUGAAGGUAAAACUCUGCCCUACUCUCUGACCCUCAUCGACACUCCUGGAUACGGAGACACCAGAGGGAUCGAAUACGACGCCAUGAUCAGUAGAAACUUACAUGACCUGUUUGUAUCAGAGGACGGAGUUCGUGAAGUUGACGCGGUGGGUUUGGUGCUGAAGGCGACUAAAAACCGACUGAGUGACAGACUGAUGUACAGCUUCCAGGCAGUGAUGUCUCUGUUUGGAAAAGAUAUGGAGACAAAGAUCGUAGCUCUCAUCACACACUCAGAUGGAAUGGAACCAGAAAAUGCCCUUGAAGCUCUGGAAGCAGCAAACAUAAAAUGUGCUAAAAAUGAGAAAGAUCAGCCAGUUCACUUUGUGUUCAAUAACUGCCUAAGCAAAACAAUUACAGAGGAAAAUGAGUUAGGAUUGGCACUUGCCUGGAAUGUCACACUGAGAGGAAUGAGCAAACUCUCUGAUUAUCUAGAUAAAUCUACCCCCCAAAAGCUGGACUCAGCUGUGAGAGUCCUGACUGAGAGGAUCCAACUGGAAGCCUGUGUCAACAAUUUGAUAGACAAAAUUAACUUACUUCAGCAUAAAACAACAGAAAUAGAACAAACCCAGAAAAUUCUGAAGGAACACAAAGAUCAGUUAGACAACCAGAGUUUCACAGUGGAGGUUGAUGAGCCCUACAAGGAUAAGGAAGAUGUUCCUGGUGGGAUGUGGUUCUUCAUGUUUGGUGGAGCAGUCACCUGUAACGUCUGUGAGGAGAACUGUCACUAUCCUGGAUGCACACUGGCCUGGAAACCAUCCCACUGUAAGGUCAUGAAAAAAGGCCGAUGCACCAUUUGUACCAACAGGUGUCCUGCAUCAGAUCACGUUAAAGAAGAAUGGAAAUAUGUGACGAAGACAAGGAGAGUUACAAAGACCAUUGGGGAUCUGAAAAUUAAACACAAACAUGAAGCUGGUAAAAUGAAGAGUGAGAGUCUUCUUGAGAAACUCCAAAGUGAGAAGAAAAAUCUGGAGGAAGAGAAAAACAAGCUGCUGGAUGAAGCCUACCUACAUAUUGUCAAACUGGAACAGAUUGCACUGAAAGUGGAGUCAGUGUUGACUUUCAUCAACUUGGACUUCCUGAUUGAGGCGAUGAAGGAAAGGGGAGACACAGAGAAGGUCCAGAAACUGGAAAAGAUGAGGAGCAGAAUGGAUGAAGGACCUAUGGCAGGUCUGAGAUAUGGACUUCAGAAAUGUGUCGAAACAGCAAAGAACGCGUUUCAAAUCAGCAAUUUAUUUAAAAAAGGCCCAAAAUUAGACACGACAAGUGGUGCAUCAUCCUGA